GAGAGAGAGAGAGAAUCCACUUUACAGCAAGAACCGCUCGCGCAGCCCUCCACUUUCCCCACGAACGCAUUUCUUGCCACUCCAUUUCCAUCAUCAAUCGCCAUCCUCCCUCCACUCCACUCUUCUCCUCAAAUCCUCUCCCUACAAAUUCUUCCCUUUCUUUAAGCAGAUCUCUAUCCAUCUUUCUCUCUCUUGUGGAGAGGAAAGUGGGUUCGGUUCGGUUCAGUUCAGUUCAGGGAAGCUUCUUAGCUUCUUGACGCCGAUUUCUUCCGUUUCCUGGUUUUCUUUCUUGCCUUUUCUUUCACACCCGUUCAAGAGUCGGAACCCAUGUGUCUAACUGACCCGCCAAGCAACGACGCGAGACCGGAGUAACUGAACCGCCCGCAGAGCAAAGGGAGAAUCACGCGGCCUAACAUGCCAUGACAUUGCCGGGCGCCGAGCUCUGCCACAAGUUCAAGCGCCUGCGGCUGUUCGAGCCGUCGGUGGGGGUGCUGGGCUUCGCUGUCGCCUUCUGCGUGGUCUGCGGCUUCUUCUACUUGGACUACCGGAGAGGGUACGGGAAGUUCUCCGGGAGAUCGGAGAGGUUCGUGUGGUUGCAGGUGCACGGCGGCGACGGCGAUCGCGAGAUCAGAAAGUCAGAUUUUUUGGAGAGGAACGGCGAUGGCGGGUGCGAUUUGUUCGAAGGGGACUGGGUUUGGGACGAUAGCUAUCCCUUGUACGAGUCCAGGGACUGCAGAUUUUUGGACGAAGGCUUUAGGUGCUCUGAGAACGGACGGCCCGAUUCGUUCUACGCCAAGUGGAGAUGGCAACCCAGGAAUUGCAAUUUGCCCAGAUUUGAUGCCAAAUUGAUGCUGGAGAAACUGCGGAACAAGCGGCUCGUUUUUGUGGGGGAUUCUAUCGGGAGAAACCAAUGGGAGUCUCUCAUGUGCAUGCUCUCCUCUGCAGUUUCUGAUCAGGACUCGAUCUAUGAAGUGAAUGGUAGUCCAAUCACAAAGCACAAAGGCUACUUGGUGUUCAAAUUUAAGGAGUUCAACUGUACUCUGGAGUACUAUAGAGCUCCGUUUCUGGUGCUGCAAGGCCGUCCUCCUCCAGGAUCGCCUAAGAAGAUCAAAACGACCCUGAAAUUAGAUCAGAUGGACUGGACCAGUUCCAAGUGGAGAGAUGCAGACAUGCUGAUCUUCAACACUGGGCACUGGUGGAACUUUGAGAAAACUAUAAGAGGUGGUUGUUAUUUCCAAGAAGGGUCAGAGGUGAAGCUGGAAAUGGCAACGGAAGAUGCACAUAAGCGAGCCAUUGAGACUGUCCUGCAGUGGAUACGCAAUGAGGUCAAUACAGAAAAGACACAGGUCGUUUUUCGCACAUUCGCACCGGUGCAUUUCAGAGGGGGGGACUGGAGGAAUGGAGGAAGCUGUCACUUGGAGACCCUGCCGGAGCUGGGUGCCUUGUCAGCCACUCCUGAAACAUGGUCUCAAUUCAAGGUUGUUUCUGAUGUAUUAUCAGCUCAUUCAAGUGCACCAAAGGCAAUCAAAUUCGAUGUGCUGAACAUAACUCACAUGACUUCUCGGAGGAAAGAUGGCCAUGCCUCUCUCUAUUAUCUGGGCCCUGAUACUGGUCCAGCACCUGUUCAUAGACAGGACUGUAGCCAUUGGUGUCUGCCUGGAGUCCCGGAUUCUUGGAACGUGCUACUUUACGCACUGUUCCUUAAACACGAUUCUAAUAGGGAUCAAUAAAGUGAAGCAGCAAUUGCACAGAAUUUGACUCCAGUCAACCACAGGAUCAUUGCAAUAUAACGGAUGAAGUCGCAGUGUCUAGCGAAGGCGACCGAUAUAUGGGAUUUACUUACAGAAGUUGCACGCGAAGUCAAAAGUGAACCGGAUAUUCUCUGUACAUUAUGCACAUACUGAAUGGUGGCCAGCUGAAUUGCGGAGAUGUUUUGGCACAUUGGAGGAAUAACCGAGCUUGUAGCUGGAGAAGCAUUAUAGUGAUUGGGCAGAUCCGUGAUUGGAUUAGACGGAAUUGAUCUUUUCUCUUGCAGAAUGUUGUAAUCAGCGAAGCGGGUUUUGGUGUAUCCUGGUUUCAGCUUUUCUGAAACCGAACUCAUUUGGUUCCAUUGUUGCUGGAGAAGAGCAAAUACACAUACCAAUACCAGGGACGAGCAUUUUACUCGUCUUUCUUGAAUUCAA